AGGAAAAACAAGUUGGGUAUGCAUAGAUUUCAAUGUUCAAAUAUGGUAACUGUUGUGAAAAUUAGUUUCACAACUAACUAACAAACCACAACUGUGAUACUGGUACAUAUUAUACAUAUAGAACCCAAAAACUGUCUGGUAGACCAACCAGUCAAAAAUACUCCAUAAUCUCAUACCCAUCCAUGCUACUCCUUAUAAUUUCAUAUCUCUUUUCUCUUUUCUUAACCAACAAACCUUCUUCCAUAAUCUCAACUACAAGCCACACCUGCAAGUCUACACAUAUAUAUAUACUCCUUCGUUGAAAGUUCAGCUUACCACAUGUUCUUUCUUUAAUUUUGCUGUUUCUCGCUUUUUUACUACUUUUGAAAGUUAUGAUUCUUUCUCAGAGAACUGAAUGAGCCAAGAAGAAUGACUGCUCCAACUCCGGAAAACGGUUGUAAUAAGCUUCAAAACAUGUUGCAGGCUGCAGUGCAAUCGGUUCAAUGGACUUAUAGCCUCUUCUGGCAAAUUUGCCCACAACAAUUGAUACUGGUUUGGGGCGAUGGAUAUUACAACGGAGCAAUUAAGACACGAAAGACAGUGCAACCAAUGGAGGUUAGUGCAGAAGAAGCUUCUCUACAAAGAAGCCAGCAACUAAGAGAGCUGUAUGAAUCGUUAUCGGCCGGAGAGACAAAUCCGCCAACGCGUCGACCGUGUGCUUCUUUGUCGCCUGAAGACUUAACAGAAUCUGAAUGGUUUUAUUUGAUGUGUGUCUCUUUCUCAUUUCCUCCUGGUGUCGGGUUGCCAGGAAAGGCAUAUGCUAGGAGGCAACAUGUAUGGCUCACGGGUGCAAAUGAGGUGGAUAGCAAAACAUUUUCAAGAGCUAUUUUAGCCAAGAGUGCUAAUAUACAGACUGUGGUAUGCAUUCCUGUGUUGGAUGGUGUCGUUGAGAUUGGCACAACUGAUAAGGUUCAAGAAGAUCUUAAUUUCAUCAAACACGUGAGGAGUUUCUUCAUAGACCACCACUCUUUGCCACCAAAGCCAGCACUCUCUGAACACUCAACCUCCAAUCCGACUUACUCAACCGAUCACAUUCCUGCCAUUAUGUACACAGUGGCAGACCCAGCCUCCACGACAAUUCCCAAUCAAGACGAUAUGGAUGAAGAUGAGGAAGAGGAUGACGAAGAUGACGAAGUUGAAUCUGGAUCUGAAGAUGAAACCAACCAAGGUCAUAACCAACACGCAACCUCUAUAAUAGAGGCUGCGGAACCGAGUGAACUCAUGCAAAUUGAAAUGCCCGAUGAUAUUCGGAUCGGGUCACCCAACGAUGGGUCGAAUAAUUUGGACUCGGAUUUUCAUUUGUUGGCCGUUAGUAAUCAAGGAAACCCAUCAAGACAAAUUGACUCAUAUACAACCGAGAGAUGGGGUCCAAUCGAAGAACCUCUCGAUGAUUCACUACAAGUUCAAUUAUCAUCUUCAGUACUUCAUCAUCCAUUAGAAGACUUAACACAAGAAGACACACACUACUCUCAAACAGUAACCACCAUUCUCCAAAACCAAUGGAUCGAUUCACCUUCCAUCAACUACAUCAACUACUCCACCCAAUCAUCUUUCACCACCUGGACCAACCACCACUUCCACCCGCCGCCGCCGCCGGACCCUGCCACCUCCCAGUGGCUCCUCAAAUACAUCCUCUUCACCGUCCCAUACCUCCACACCAAGAACCACGACGAAACCUCUCCACAAACACGCGACACCGCCGGAGUCAACAGCAACGAUCCAUCCGCCAGGCUACGCGGCAAGGGAACUCCCCAAGACGAACUCAGCGCGAACCAUGUCCUCGCUGAGCGACGGAGGAGAGAGAAACUCAACGAGAGGUUCAUAAUUCUAAGAUCAUUGGUUCCUUUUGUUACGAAGAUGGAUAAAGCUUCUAUCUUAGGCGACACGAUCGAGUAUUUGAAACAGCUUCGGAGAAAGAUUCAAGAUCUCGAGACACGUAACCGUCAGAUGGAGUCCGAGAAAAGUGGAGUAACCGUUUUGGUGGGUCCCACUGAGAAGAAAAAAGUGAGGAUUGUGGAAGGGAAUGGCACUGGUGGGGGCGUUAGAGCGAAAGCAGUUGAGGUUGUUGCGUCGGUUCAGGUUUCGAUUAUAGAGAGUGAUGCUUUGUUGGAGAUUGAAUGUUUACAAAGAGAAGGGUUGUUGUUGGAUGUUAUGAUGAUGUUGAGAGAGUUGAGAAUUGAGGUUAUUGGAGUUCAAUCUUCGCUCAACAAUGGCGUUUUCGUCGCGGAAUUGAGGGCUAAGGUUAAGGAAAAUGGUAAUGGGAAGAAAGUUAGUAUUGUGGAAGUUAAGAGAGCGCUUAACCAAAUUAUACCUCAUAAUAAUAUUUAGUGUAUGUUUGAAUUCACAGCGAGUUUGGCAAAAUCACAAAAUCACAAUGAUUGUUGUGAUUCUGUCAAACUCGCUGUUAAUCCAAACAUAGUCUAAUCAAUGAUACAUCAUUUGUAUACAUUGACUUAUAAUAUGUACAUAAAACUCUCGACUCGAGUCUGAUGAUAUGAAGUGAAGUGAAGUCUAAUGAUAAACAACAUCUGCGGAUUUGGAUUCUCCCCCGCUGCUGCAGUGGUUAGAAUGAUGAUGAAUUACAAGAAACUAGGAAUCUGUAAUGUUUUUAGAAUCUAAUGAAUUAAACUAGGUAGUUUUAUUGAAUACUGCAUAACGAAUGAUGUACAAGAAUGAAUGGAAAUUGGUUGUUCUCUUA